AUGAGAAAACGAGCGGCUGCGGAGGAGGUGCCGAGUAUGCCUCGCCCCAAGAGGCUGAAUGCCGGCGGUGCUGGAGUCUCAUAUGUCGACGACGACGGCGACGACGAUUAUACUCCAGCUUCAAGUCCGGGAUCAAGUGUGGAAGUCGAAUCUACAGUCACAGCUGCUACGACACCGCGAACCAAGUUUCCAUCGGAUUAUAAGACAUUAGCGUGCUCCUGGCCAGGAUGUACGAAAAGCUUUAAUCGCCCUGCGCGAUUGAGGGACCAUAUGAACUCUCACACCAACUCUCGGCCUCACAAAUGCCCUUACGACGACUGUACCAAGGAUUACAUCGAAGAUAAGCACUUGAAACAGCACAUCAAGGCCGUACACACCAAUGACCGCAAAUACAUCUGCCAAAGAGACGGCUGUGGAAAGAGAUUCGUAACAGGCACAAGAUUAAAGCGUCACCAGCUAGUCCACGAAGGAGCCGACAGAUUCCGCUGUCAGGAUUGCGGCCAAAGCUUCAGGAAGAAGGAAACGCUCAACAAACAUGUGAGGAAAGAACAUCAAGGCCUGCCAGCGCACCAGUGUCCAGAGCCGGGAUGCGUAUCUGCGUUCGAUUCCAAGGGAGCACUCAAUCGACACCGGGAGAGAGAACAUGGGCCGCUCAAGUACUGGUGUAUGGAGUGUGCGCCGCAAUUGCGAGAGGAUGGCACGACAUUCAGAGUUGGCUUCACAACGGAUACACAGCUACAGUCACAUAUGCGACAAGAACACCAAAACUGCAUGUUUUGCGACUACAAAUCUAGUUCCUUAUGGGAGCUGGAAACGCAUAUCGAAAUCCACCACUCUGGAAAGACUGUCCAAGAUCGAAAGACGGUGCCUUGUACCUAUCCCGGCUGCGACAAGAAAUUCACGAAGAAGUCAAACUUGAACGUCCAUAUCCGUGUAGCUCACGAAGGAUUCCGCUUCAUCUGCGGCGAAGUCGAAUUAACCGGCACCGGACUCGAGGCCUGGACCAACGACCAAGGCUGUGGCGACAAAUUCAGCACAAAGGUUCGAUUGGAGGAUCAUAUUCGCUUUAUCCAUCUUGGCCAAGAACGACCAAAGCAUUCCAAAACCGAUAAAUCAACCCCAACAGACGUCAUUGACGACAUCUCUGGCGUCACAAACGUCAAGAAGCAGACCCUUAAAUGCCCACAGUGUACCGAAGGCUUUAUCCGCUACUAUGACCUCAAUGCUCACAUCGCAGCCGUACACCCCAUAACUACCGUUGAUACUGUCGCCGUCGAUCCAAUGCCAUAUACCAACCCUGUCAUGUUUGACUCUGAAGUCAAUACUACUGAACAGACUUGGACAGAAAGCUUUCCCCAAGCAGACAUUUUUGCUUCGCAGAUGACGUACGGGGUUUCUCAGGACGGCUGGAUCGGCGAUGAUGCGAAUCUUAUGAUGCUAGCCCACGGGGAAGCAGGCUUGAGUGGAAACAUGGACCCGACGCUGGAUGGAUUUUAG